AUGACUUACAAGAUCGAGGAAACGGAGUUCGACAGCCGGGUGCCGGCCGGGAAUGCCCGGCGGGAUGCCGGCGGCGCUAGUGCCGAUCUGACCCGGCAGGGAUCCCGGGUCAUUCGACUGCUGCCGGUGCGUGCGAAAACGAAUGCCGCCGAUGACCCGGCCGCAACAAUGACGCGGAGCCACUCUUCAAACAAAAUACCCAAUCCCCCAAUCAUCAGCCAUGACGGGGGCGGCGGCCAACAACAAGAGGCCGCCCGUUCACCCUUGGCCAUCGUCGGGUACGCCUACCGGGCUCCCGUCGUCGGACGAUCCGGCCUGUGGGAUCUCCUGGCCGAGGCGAGGUGCGCAUCGUCUCGGGUGCCGUCCUCCCGCUUCAACCACGACGCGUACUACUGCCCGGACCACGAGAAGCCGGGCUACAUCCACGCCCGGGGCGGCCACUUCAUGCCGCAGGACAUCCACGCGUUCGACGCCGGCUUCUUCAACGUCCGGCGGGACGAGGCCAAGGCCAUGGACCCGCAGCAGCGCAUCACCGCCGAGUGCGCCUUCGAGGCCCUGGAGAGCGCCGGGUGGACGCUCCGGGACGUCGCCGGGCGCAACGUGGCCGUCUUCGCGGCGCACCAGGGGUCGACGUACGCCGGCCACGCGGCCGAGGACCUCCUGACCACGAGCGCCUACAGCGCCAGCGGCACCGCCGGGUGCAUGCUCGCGAACCGCAUCUCGUACCUCUUCGACCUGCGCGGGCCGAGCGCCGCCGUCGACACGGCCUGCGCCAGCAGCUCCGUCCGGCUCGGCGAGUGCGAGGCCGCCCUGGUGUCGGCGGCGAACCUGCUGAACGGGCCCGAGCUGUGGUCGAUGCUCGACACCGUCGGCGUGCUGUCGCCCGAGGGGAAGUGCUUUUCCUACGAUCACCGGGCCUCCGGCUUCGGACGGGGCGAAGGCAGUGCCUGUCUUGUGGUGAAGCCUUUGGCUGCGGCGUUGGCCGAUGGGGACACCGUACGAGCCGUCGUCCGCAAUACCGCAGCGAGCCAUUCAGGCCGGAUAGCCGGUGGCAUCACGAUGCCAUCUCAAGACGCCCAGGAGGCCUUGGCCAGGCGCGUUCACGGAGAAGUCGGGCUGGAUCCCAAGGACACCGGAUUCGUCGAGGGACACGGCACGGGCACCGCGGUCGGCGAUCCCAUUGACGCGGCCGCCAUCGCUUCGGUGUACGCGAGUCCACGAUCGACAUCCGACCCGGUCUAUCUCGGUUCCGUCAAGUCGAAUAUAGGACAUCUCGAAGGCGCCAGCGGCCUCCUCUCACUCAUCAAGGCGACGAUGAUGCUCGAGCGAGGUGUCAUGCUCCCCAACGCCAACUUCGAAAAGCUCAACCCCGCCAUCCUGGAAGCUAGUGGCGCCGACAGACUGCGGGUGCUGAAAGAGGCGAUGCCGUGGCCCGAGUCGUCUCCGUCUCCCAGGCGGGUAUGUGUGACCAACUACGGGCUCGGCGGAGCCAACUCGGCCAUAUUGCUGGAACAAGCCCCUGAGAGCAACAACGACCGUCCCGACAACAGCCAAGUGAACGACGGUGGCCUCGGCCAGCCGGACGAGACACCUCGAGUCUUUGCCCUCUCUGCCGGGUCGAGGUCGAGCCUGGGCGCCUACGCGGCCUCUCUCGUCCGGUACCUGGCCUCGGACGAAGCCCUAAACGUGCCGGGCUUGAUGCGGGACAUCAGCUUCACUCUGGCCCAGCGACGUACGCAUUUCGCGCAGUCCCGGCGGGCGGUCGUGGCCCGGUCCCGAGACGAACUGCGAGAGCGGCUGCUGGAGAUUGCCGCCGAUGUCUCGGCGAAAAGGGGCGGACCGAGCUUGAAGGGGGAUGUGCCUGUCACUGGGCUGGUAUUUACGGGCCAGGGCGCUCAACAUGCAGGUAUGGCCACCGGGCUCCGGCGCUUUCAACCCUUCGCCGCCUCCAUGGAACAGGCGUCGCGGUGCCUCGCGAAACUCGGAGCGCCAUGGUCGAUCGAGGAAGAGCUGGCCCGGUCGGGGGACGACUCGCGCAUCGAUGACGCGGAACUCUCCCAGCCGGCGUGCACCAUCGUCCAGCUCGGCCUGGUCCGGCUUCUCCGCGCAUGGGGCGUGGCGCCGGCGGCCGUGGUGGGGCAUUCCAGCGGCGAGAUCGCGGCCGCGUUCGCCGCGGGUCUCGUCUCGUUCGAUACGGCGGUUGCCCUCGCGUACUACCGUGGCCGGGUAGUGGUCGCUCUGCAGGCGGCCGCGCACGAGGAGAAUGAGGCCGCGCUGCUCCGCGGAGGCAUGGUCGCCAUCGGCGUCGGAGAGGAGGACGCCGAGAGGCUCGUGGCCGAGACUCUGGGACCGGAUGACAAUCGUGGCAGGGUGACCGUCGCGGCCGUGAACAGCCCUUCGUCCGUCACCCUGUCCGGAGACCAAGAGGCCCUCCAGGCCGUCGAGGAGCGAGCCGAGAAGCAGGGGCUGAACCCCCGAAGACUCAAGGUCGACGUUGCGUAUCACUCCCAUCACAUGCAGACGGUGGCCGAGUCGUACAGGGCUCUAAUCGAGCAUCACUGCCGCAGUCCGAGUCCGGGUCCGGGUCCGGGUCCGGGUCCGAAUGUGGGUCCCGGGCCGGGAAAGGCUACUCGACCGGCGGCGGCGGACGCCUCCUCCCACCCUCGCGCGGUUUUUGUCUCCUCCGUUACCGGCCAAGUCGAGUCGGAUCUCGACGCGUCAUACUGGGUGCGCAAUCUCGUCCAGCCGGUGCUGUUUUCGGACGCGCUCAAACGGCUGCUAAGUCUCCGUCACGGCGAGCAGGGCAAACAUGCCAACCUCCUGGUCGAAGUCGGCCCUCAUCCGGCGCUCAGGGGUCCCAUCCGACAGACUAUCGAUGCCCUGCUGCGAAGCAACUCUCCCCAGUCGAAUGAUGGAGGAGGAGCACCAGCAGAAACACCAGCAGCAACAGCAACACCAGCAGCACCAGCACCAGCUCAGGUGCCGUAUCUCGCCUCGUUGCAGCGAGGGACCCCCCCCGUUGCGGCCCUCUUGGACCUGGCCAGCCGCCUCUUCGAAGCGGGAGGAGUCGUCGACGAUAGCAUGAAGUGGGAGCACAUCAACCAGACCACGCGGCACAACGCGAAGCUCGUGACGGACCUGCCCGCCUACGCCUGGAACCACGAGACGACCUACCUGCAGCAGCCGCGCAUCGCGGCGCAGAAGCUGUUCGGCGGCACGCCGUACAACGCGCUCCUGGGCGGUCGGACGGCGCACUGCGAGGGGGACGAGCACUCGUUCCGCAACGUCUUCACGAUGGACGACCUGCCGUGGCUGCGAGACCACGUCGUCGGUGGCGACGUCCUGUUCCCCUUCACCGGCUUCCUGGCCCUGGCCCUCGAGGCUGUGCGCACCGUCACCACCACGGCACUUGCGGCCGGCAGCGGCAGCAACAUCACACCGGAGAGCAUGACAGUCAGGGAGCUGACCGUGAGACGGAGUCUGAAGAUGAUCGAGGACCAGCGCGUCGACGUGACCACCAAGCUGAGGCCGCUCGACCCAGGGAACGACGCCGGCUCGGCGGCGAGGUCAUCAUCGCCGGGCUGGAGCUUCGACAUCUUGUCGUGGUCGGAAGAGAACGGCUGGACCUCGCACUGCCGCGGCUGCAUCGCGGUGGAACACGAGCCGCUGAGCCCGAGGAGCUUUGUCGUCUCCGAGGCCGAGGAGGCCCUCGAUCGCCUGAUGAUGAUGAAGAAGAACAGAGGCCCCGGACCGACGAGGAUGGAUCCGGUCAAGGAGUACCGCACGGCGGCCGGCUCCGGCACGGCGUACGGCCCCGAGUUCGCGACCAUGACGGAGCUGUGGGAGGGUCCGGACCACGAUGUCACAACGCACGUCACCGUCUUGCGCGCGGGUGCCCUGACGCCCCCGUCGUCUUCUCCCUCCCUCUCCCUCUCCCCCGUGACCGUCGAUCCGCCCACCCUCGACUCCUUCUUCCACGGCAUCCACAUCCUCCACGAACGCGCCGACGGCGUGAGGGGCGUCUACGUGCCGACCAACGUCUCGCGGCUCCGCGUGUCGAACCGCAUCCGGGCCGAGGCCGGCCAGACCUUCACCGUCGUCAGCCGCGUGCUCGAUCACAGCCGGCAGAACGGCCGGAUGGACUUUAGCAUUGUCGUCUUCCAGGGGUCCCUCCUUGCCGGCGCCGGUGCCGGUGAUGGUGGCGCCGGUGAUCCCGGACAUGACAGGAUCCCCGUCUUGGAGAUCGACAGGGCGACGGUCAAGCGCGUCCGGCAGCCUACGGCCGAGAGCAUCGUGGCCGGCAUGCCCGCCAGCUACGCCGAGCGUCUCGUGCCCCACGUCGGGCUCGUCGACGGCGGCGCCCUGGCGGCGAUGCUCUCGGCCGACUUCUCCCUCGAGCACGACCAGCUCGAGAAGCGGCGGCUGGGGAACCAGGUCGCCUGCGGCUACAUGGCGCUGGCGCUGCCGCAGACGGCCGACGACGACCUGACGAACCUGCCGUCGCACCUCAUCAAGAUGCGGUCCGCCGUGCGCAAGUUCGCGAGCACGUGGCCUGGUCUUUCUCAUAGUCUCGCCCAAGGAUCUACUGAUACUACUAAUACUGAUACUACUACUACUACUGUUGCUGCUGCUGCUACUACGACUACUACUACGACUACUACUACUACUACUACUACUACUACUGACGGCGCCCCGUUGUCCCUGGCCUCCCUCCGACCCCUCGCGGACGCCAUCGGCCCCGCCGGCACGCUGCUGCGCAUCAUCGGCGAGCAGCUGGUGCCCAUCAUGCGCAACGAGGUCCAGUCGCUGGAGCUGAUGAUGCAGGACGGCCUGCUCUGGCGGCACUACCAGGACGAGGCCGCCUUCCGGCGCGGCAACCAGGCCAUGGCGAGGUUCGCGCGCGCGCUGGCGGCGACGACGCCCCGGCUGCGCAUCCUCGAGGUCGGCGGCGGCACGGCCGGCACCACCGAGCCGGUCCUCGACGCGCUGUCGUCGCCCGACGUCUUCCCCUUUGCCGAGUACGUCUUCACCGACAUCUCCCCCGGCUUCUUCGACAAGGCCCGGGACAAGCUGGCGCGGUGGUCCGGCCGCGUGACGUUCGACCGGCUCGACAUCUCCAGGGACCCCGCCGCGCAGGGGGCCGCGUUCGCGCCGGGCUCCUUCGACCUCGUCGUCGCCUCGCUCGUCCUGCACGCCACGCCCGACAUGGCCGUGAGCCUGUCGCACGUCAGGAGCCUCCUCAAGCCCGGGGGACGCCUCCUGAUGCUGGAGAGCAUGCACAUGGCGCCCCUCGACCUCGCCUACCUCGGGCUCCCCGGCUGGUGGCUCGCCGAGGACGCGUACCGGGCGUCGGGGGAGCCUCUCGUCGGACAGGAGGUGUGGCAUCGCGCCCUCCAGGACAGCGGCUUUACCGGCAUCGACGGCGCUGUCGAGGACUACCCGGGCCACCCCGAGCGGAACGUCACGGCCAUAUGGUCCACGGCCGUAGAUGAUGCAGACACUGAGCCUGGGACUGAGCUUGAGCCUGAGCAUAAGCCUGAACCUGAGCAGCCGACGGCCGGUGUGGACAACGAGACCGGCGGCCAUCUUCAACGUCCAGCCCGAGUGGCCGUCUGUGGCUUUUGGGAAGGAGGAGACGACGACGAUGGCGACCACGAUACCCAGACGCGAGAGUUCGCGGAGCAAGUAUCUCGUGAAGUGGGCGAGCGGUUGUCGUUGAAGUCGUUGAAGUCGUCGAAGUUGUCACCGCCGUCGUCGCCGCCAGUCCAACGACUCUCCGUGUUCCAGGCGGACGCGGAGACCUACUGCAUCUUCGUCGACGGGCUCCGGCGCAGCGUGUUCGAGGACCUGACGGCGAGCCGGUUCGAGGAGCUCAAGGGCAUGCUCGUCGAGAGCGCCGGCGUCCUGUGGGUUUCCUCGCACCUCGCCCCGGCCGAGGCCGGCCUGGGCAAGGGGCUGCUGCGGUCUCUCCGCCACGAGAACCCGGACAAGAUGAUGGUCCUGCUGGAAGGGGCCGUCUUUGACGACGACGACGACGACGACGACUUCAAAGACAGGGGCCAGUCGGUUAGGGCAGCGGCCAGGAUCGCCGUCGAGCACCUGAUCCCGGACGGGCCGGACCCGGCGAGAAGGCUCCUGCUCCGCCGGGACCAGGACCUCGUCCUCAAGGACGGACAGAUCCACGUCGUCCGCCUCGCCGAGAUGGAAGCCGCCAGGGAGGUCUUCGCGGAGGAGCUGAUGGGCGCGGGCGCGGGCGCGGGCGUGGUCGUCGCCAAGGAGGAGCGGCCGCUGCCGCAGGACGAGGCGGUCGAGCUGACGGUCUCGUCGACGGGCGACCUCGACGCCGUCUACUUCCGCCGGACGCCGCUCCUCGAGACGGAGCUGGCGGACGACGACAUCCUCGUCAGGGUCCAGGCGGCGUCGCUCAACUUCCGCGACGUGCUCGUCCUCCUCGGCUCGAUCCCCUGGUACGCCCCCGGCCGCGAGGGCGCCGGAGAGGUGCUCCGCGUGGGACGCAACGUCCGGUCCGUCGGGGCCGGCGACCGCGUCUUCUUCUACACGACGGACGCCGAAAGCAGCUUCGCCAACUUCGUGCGCGUCCCUCACCACCACGCGACGCGCGUGCCGCCGGCCCUGACCGUCGAGGAGGCCGCGUCGCUGCCCUCGGCCUACUACACCGCCGUCGCCUGCCUCGAGACCUUGGCCGGGCUGCGGCCGGGCGAGUCGCUGCUCGUACACUCGGCGGCGGGCGCCGUCGGCCAGGUCUGCAUCCAGCUCGCGCGGCACGUGGGCGCGCGCAUCUUCGCCACGGCCGGCACGCCCGAGCGGCGGGAGUUCCUCCGGCAGACCUACCGCCUGACGGACGUCUUCGACAGCCGCACCGCGGACUUCCGCGACGACAUCCUGCGGGCGACCAAGGGGAAAGGGGUGGACGUCGUCGUGAACUCGCUCAGCGGGCCCCUCCUCCAGGCGACGUGGGACCUCGUCGCCGACGGCGGGCGCUUCGUCGAGAUCGGACGCGUCGACUUCCUCGCCAACAACCGUCUGGCCAUGCGGCCCUUCGACCGGAACGCCACAUUCAUGGGUCUGGACAUCUCCCGGCGACCCCCGGCCGAGCGGCGCAGGGCCAUGGACCGCAUCGUCGAGCUGCUCGAGCAGGGCGUCUUCCGGCCGCUGAGUCCGCUGACGCUGGUCCCGAUUUCGGAGCUGCCCAAGGCUUUGAGGAUGUUGCAGCAGGGCCGCAUCAUCGGCAAGGCCGUCGUCACCGUGUCGCCGUCGGACACGGUGCUGGUCGAGCGACGGAGGCGGUUGGGGACUCCGGCACGGGCUUCUUCUUCUUUUCCUCCUUCUCCUCCUUCUUCUUCCUCUUCUUCUUCUUCUCCUCCCUCUUCUUCUUCUUGGCUCUCCUCCGAGGCCACCUAUCUCAUCACGGGCGGGACGGGCGGCAUCGGACGCUCGCUGGCGGCGUGGCUCCUCCGGAACGGCGCCGGCCACGUCCUCCUCCUCGGCCGCAGCGGCGCGACCCGUCCCCAGGUGGCCAGGCUGCUCGAGGCCUACACGGGCCGUCUGCACGCCGUGGCCUGCGAUGUCGGGCAGCCGUCGGACCUCGCGCGCGCCCUAGACGGGGUCGCGAGCGCGGGUCUGCCCCCCGUGCGCGGCGUGAUACACGGGGCGCUCUACCUCCGAGAUGCCCUCUUCAGCAACACGACCUCUGAGGACUGGCAAAACAUCACGGCACCAAAGGUCGCCGCCGCCUGGACCUUGCACAAACGCCUUCCGGACCUGGACUUCUUCGUCUCUCUGAGCUCCAUGACGGGCGUCUUUGGAACCCUCGGCCAGCCAGCCUACUGCGCAGCAUCGGCGUUCCUGAACUCGUUUGCGCGAUACCGCCUGGCCCGCGGCCUCCCCGCCAGCUCCCUCUGCCUGCCCCUCGUCGAGGACAUCGGCUACGUCGCCGAGUCGCUGGGCGACGAGGACGGCUGGCGGCGCUCGCUCGGCCUCACGCUGAGGGAGGAGCACAUCCACGCCCUCGUCAAGGGCGCCAUCGUCGCGCCGUCCGCCCUCUACGGCGCCGACGACGGCCUCGGCCUGUCCUUCUGCUUCGCCGCCCGCGACGGCGUCGACGGGCGCGCCGCGCGGUUCCCGUGGAUGAACCAAAACUACUCCAUGGCCGUGAGCAACGGCAUCGCCGCCGCCACCGCCGCCGUGGCGACGGGCCGAGCCAACAUGGCACGACGAGGAGCCGGCGGCAGCGGCGGCAGCAGCAGCGGCGACGGCAGGGCUCCAAGGGCCGUGGAGAACCGGGAGGUGCUCGGCAUCCUUAUGCAAAAGGUCGCCGACAUCACCAUGAUCGACCACGAGGAGCUGGACCCGAGCACCAGGUUGGAGGACUUGGGGCUGGACUCGCUCGUGGCGGUCGAGCUGCGGAACUUCAUCCGCCGCGAGUGGUCUGUCGACCUCGGCCUCAACCAGAUUGUCGGCGGGGGCACCCUGGCGUCUUUGAUGGAGACUAUCCGGUCUUCCCAGGCCGAGUUUGCUGGGUGA